GCAACCCUGGUCAGAAGGCGGGUGGGUGAGUGAGUUCACGAUCGGGCUUCCGGUUUCUCUUUCUGGGCGUUUAAACUUUUUUUUUAAGUCGUCAACCUUUCAGUUGGUCGGUCAUGUCGAACAAUAACGCCACCAGUACCAGCCUGGCCGUCGCUCACAAAGCGGUUAAACAGCUGCGGCUGGAGGCCAGUGUCCGCCGAAUUCAAGUUUCUCAGGCAGCCACAGAUCUGAAGAAUUUCUGUCUCCAGAACGCUCAUAAAGACCCUCUGCUGAUGGGUGUCCCGUCCGGCGAUAACCCCUUCCGCCCUCCCAAAUCGUGUGGCCUGCUCUGAGGUGAUGGCCAUCUGAGAAGACUUCAUGGAGACACACACACACACACUCUUCACUUUACUUUACUACAGUGUUGUGAGAACUCUUCUUGCUGGACGUCAUGAUCCUACACUGUGCAUGAUCCACCUGUAGCUCUUCCUAAACUGCAGUACUCGUAUUCACACUAAACCGGUCCCCCCUGAAUGGUCCAUUUCCUGCAUUCUCAGAACUUUAGAGAUGAUCGAUUAUUUAAAAAAAAAAGAUAAAUUUAAAAAAUAGAUUAUUUCUUGUAUGCAAGUGAGAACUGAUUACGAAAAAAAGAGAGACGUUGGAAUUUGUGGAGUUCGGACAUGGAAUUUAAAAUUCUUUAAGAUGAUGAGACAUGAAGUGGACCGCUCAAAGCAGGAUUGUGCUGUUACGGUUUUUGGUUGUUUUUAAAAACGUUUUACAUUUUUUAUUUUGGGAGUUAAUGUGGCCACUUCUCACUAUAUAAAAGACAGGGAGUCCUUUCACACAUAUGUGGAGUCUCUCUAGGUUCAGUAAUUCCAAGGCUACUAGUAGCUCUGGAGUUUCAUGUACAGCCUUCAAAAUAUUCCGUCUACUUGGAGGAAAAAAAGUUCAGUAUAAUUCCACACAUCUUUCACUUCAUCACGUCGUUAUUUUAAUUUUUUGGUGGGGGUUGUACUGCUAGGAAAAUGAUUACCUAACUCUACUGAUGCAAUGUAAUGUUUGUCCUGAUAUUCAAGUGUUACAGUCCUGAUCUUCAGUCCUUGACUAGGUCAGGUGCGUGAAAUUUGAAACCUUCAUUAUAACGUAAUUGUGCUUUAUAAUAUGUUUCUGAUUGUCCUUUUAAGACCAUUACUAUAUAAGGCUACUUUCUGCUGUUAUUGGAGUUCCCAGCGCUCUGUUAGUGCUAAGUUGAGAACACUAACUGAUGGGGCGAUCCACCGUAAUUCCUGGAGUAACAUGUCUACCGUAACUACACUAAACAAAAAGAAGCUUAAAUCUAGACCCUUUAAAGAGUCCCACUGGGGAAAUGAUCACUUGUGAAAACUUACAGUGGAGUGUUUUGCUAUUUACAAAGGGCUACCAAUAAAACCUUACAACGUUAGGAACCCUUACGUAUGUGGAGAACCUGUGAGGAACUUUUUUUCUUUUCUUUUCUUUUUCUUUUCAUUGUACAAGCAACAACAACCUGCUCGCUCGGUGUGCAGAUGUUUCCCGUUGUCUUUGCUACCUUUUCAUCAAACUUUUCAGAAUCUGUAUCUCCACCUGCUAGCUUUUAUAUGAAGGGUUUUUUUGUUGUUGUUUUUUUUUGUUUGUUUUUUUUUUAUUUUUUUAAUUAUUAGAUUAAUGUUGGGGGAGGGUUAUUAGAGGUUUUUAACACUAGGGUGUAGAUUUUCAAAGGUGAUCCUUUACUAAUUUAUUAGCAGUAGAUUUAUAUGAUGGAAAAGGGUUGUGCAGUGUCGCUUUGCUGAUUUCAUAUCGGUAUGAUUUUCCCACUGCUGGUUCUGUUCUUCAUUGGACCUAGAUUACGGUUAGCGCUAAACCCGAACACAUUCCUGACCGCGUGUACAAAUUAAGACCGCGUACACGCUCUUGUCUUUUACAGCAACCGUUUCACACACCGAUGCUCGGGGAUAUCCUGAGCUGCAGAUGACAUCAUUACUAAUCGCUAAAGUAGAACGCUUUCUGACAAUACAGAGAAAUCCAGUGUGCUUUUGAUUGUUUUUGGGGUGUUACUUUGUCUAAUUUUCGUGGAGGGGGGUGGGGACUGUGUGCCUGUAUUCUCGCAUUCAGUAAAGUAUGAGAACUAAACACUGAUCCAGUCAUGACCUUCAUUAAUUCUGUUCCUUCUGAUGUACUCUCUUCUUUUGAUUGUUUGUUGGAUUGAGACUGCUGAAUCUGUGUGCCUUACAGUGUAAUUGUACAUUUUUCAGUAAAGCUACUUUAACUCUGA